AUGAUUUUUUUUUCAGAAUGCAUCUUUCCUUUUUUUCUUUCAUUUCUCUUAUAUCACUAUCUUUCUCUUUUCAUCUCACAUCUCUCUUUAAUAUCUUUUCUUUUUAUCUCACCUGUCUUCAUUGUCAAUAUCUUUCCCUUUUUCUCCCCUCUCUCUUCAGUUUCAGUAUCUUUUUCUUUUUUCUCUUCUCUCUCUUCAAGAUCAAUAUAUCUUCCCCCUUUUGUAUCCCCUCUCUCUUUAAUAUCUGUAUUUUUCUCUUUUUAUUUCACCUCUCUCUUUAAUAUCAGUAUCUUUCUCUUUUCAUCUCACCUCUUUCUACAGUGUCAGUAUCUUUCCCUUUUUCUCCUCUCCCUCUUCAAUAUCAAUAGAUCUUCCUCUUUUGCUCCCUCCUCUAUUCAAUUCUGCUUAUCCUUUCUCUCUUUUCACUUCUCCCCCUCCAAAUGCCUUUCUUUUCUUCCUCUCCAAUUCUCUGUUUGCAAGAGAACCAUCAAAGAAUUACAAUGCAGAAAGGAAGACAAGAAGAAGACAGCAGCAGCAGCGGACAUCUUACAGACAACAUUACGUAUUUACAAUGCAUUAACUUUCAGCAAUGAAACCACUGUAUAA